GGGAAAGUGGGCGGGCCUUUGUGAACCACGGUCACGGACGCUGCAGUGAACUUUGCCGGUGCUGCGCUACCCCAGGGCCCUAACGUCCGCUCUGUUACAGUGUCAGAGUAUGGGCAGUGUGUUGGCUGCCGCGUCCCCCAGUCCUGCUCCAGCUGCAGCUGCAGCUGGAGGUGGUCCGGGGGUCCCAGGGCUGUCAGUCCCUCCUGGCUUCACCAUGCCCCCGGUGUCGUCCGUCCCUCUAACAGCUGAGUCUGGCCUGGAGAUAACAGAUGCAGAUUCCAAACUUCCAAACCCAGGCACAUAUGAGGAGUGCCACCGGAAAUGUAAAGAGGUGUUCCCUAUGCAGAUGGAGGGGGUGCGAUUAGUGGUUAACAAAGGCCUGAGUAACCACUUCCAGGUCAGCCACACCAUAACCCUCAGCACCCUGGGUGAUUCUGGUUAUCGAUUUGGUUCUACCUAUGUUGGUAGCAAACAGACUGGACCAGCAGAGUCAUUUCCAGUCAUGGUUGGAGAUAUGGACAACACCGGCAGUCUGAAUGCCCAGGUCAUCCACCAGCUCACUAAUGCUGUACGCUCCAAAAUAGCUAUCCAGACCCAGCAGCAUAAGUUUGUGAAUUGGCAGUGUGAUAUGGAGUAUCGUGGUCAAGACUUCACCUCUGCUGUGACGCUUGGAAAUCCAGAUGUACUCGUCGGAUCUGGUAUUGUGGUUGCCCACUAUCUCCAAUCAAUCACACCAGGACUGGCUCUUGGUGGCGAGCUUGUGUAUCACAGGAGACCAGGGGAGGAAGGAACUGUCACCUCCCUUCUGGGCAGGUACACAGGUGAUAAAUUUGUUGCCACUUUAACUUUGGGAGGAGCCGGAGCUCACGCUACAUACUAUCACAAGGCCAAUGACCAGUUGCAAGUAGGUGUUGAAUUUGAAGCAAGCACAAGGAUGCAAGACACUACAACAUCCUUUGGUUACCAGUUGGACGUCCCCAAAGCUAACCUACUGUUUAAAGGCUCUGUUGACAGUAAUUGGGUGGUUGGGGCAACCCUGGAGAAGAAACUGGUGCCACUGCCACUCUCACUGGCCCUGGGUGCUUUCCUCAACCACCGCAAGAACAAGUUCCAGUGUGGUUUUGGUGUCACUAUUGGCUAGAGAUUCCCAGACCGACUGGAACCGGCUCACAGGCCACAGCUUGGACCGGCACAGAGACACACAGGAACCUGAACUACGUUUUAGGAAUUGGAUUCAGAGACUCUCUUACAACUGUGAUAUCUGAGGCUGACUGAGAGACAAGGACAAUUACCAAGGAGCCAGAACUGGCCAAGCCAUGCCUACAUACUGUAGCACAAAUGUCUUUCCUGUGUGGUGUUUUGUAUAAACCGAGAGGCUAGAACGGUGUACAUCAGAGGGCUUCAGAUGACGCAUGAGAGCAUGUGAUGUGAAAUUCAAAGUAAGUGGUAAGACAUAAUAUAUGGUGAUCAUGUAUGGAUUGAAAUAAAUGUGAUUACAUUUUGUAAAA